AACGGGAGAGGCCGCAGCGGUGAGAGGCCUGCGUACCGCAAAAAAAAAAAAAAAAAAAUGUAUUUAAAAGGACAUUUUUCCAUGAAAAAUUAUUUCUUUCAUGAUAAAUUAUAGAUUUAAACAUCAGCCUUCUGUCCUUUCAGCCGUCUGUAAUAUGAGUGCUGUUCACCCACCCGCCCUCCUACGGUUGUCACAUUUGGGAGGUAAAAUACACAUUGUUGUCCCAAAACCCCACACCGGAAGCCGCGUCACGUGCAGGUGGACGUGUGUGUCCGCGUCUCGUUGCCCGGCCUCCUGUGCCCCCUGUCGGGGGGACGCUGUCCAGAACCGCUGUGUGGACCCCACCUCAUACUGGGAACGAUCUUCACGCCACAGGCGUGCUCGCUGCCCAGCCCGCAACCCCGUUCGUGAGACAGAUAAAUCGGGGUGAUUUCACAGGAGAGGGGAAUUCACUCAGAUUUCCAGAAAGUGUGCCUAAAAUGUGUGGUUGGUUUGGCAUUCAAAAAUGUGACCCACUCAGGCCUGGGGCCUGGAGACCCAGUCUGGGCGGGUCGGCCCGUCACAAGGUGCAGGGCCAGGGAAGUCACCUGAUCUCUCCCAGGCCCCGCUGCCCCGUCCUCUACCUGUAAGACUGGAGUUCUAAGAGGCGUUAAUAGAAACUUCACCAACUGUAACACGUCGUUCAAGGCCUCGUGGGUUCUGACAUGUAAGAGUUCUGUUCAGAGAGGUUAUGGAACUCGGACGGGCCUGUGAGAAUCAUGAGGUGUGUGGCACCGUUUCAUUCUUGAGGUUUAAAGUUAUGUAGAGAAAAGGUGUUCUGUGGAGUUGUUUAUCAACAGAUACCAAAACAGUGACAAAGGCUCUUCCAACACUUGUAGGUUUCCCUUCUAUAAUACACGUUUAAGUCGUGCGUGCUGUGAAAGUGCUGAGGACUCUGGAAACACUAAAAUUCUCUUCCUGGUGUCAUGGUGCCUCUCAGGUCUGUUCUCGGACGCUCGGCCCUGGAUGUCAGGGUCCUGGAUGUCAGGGUCCUGGAUGCCAGGGUCCUGGAUGCCAGGGUCCUGGAUGUCAGGGUCCUGGAUGUCAGGGUCCUGGAUGCGAGGGUCCUGGAUGCCAGGGCCCUGGAUGUCAGGGUUCUGGAUGUCAAGGCCCUGGAUGUCAGGGUCCUGGAUGUCAGGGUCCUGGUCCCACGUCAGGGGAGUGGCCACCACACUUGGGACCCUCCCAACCUGUGUCCCUGCCGCCUUGUUACAGGAUCACGUCCCACACGGACGGCCUGGGUCACAUACUUUCCUUUCUAGGUAUCACAUAGUAUCUGCUAAAUACACCUGUUCCACGUGGGCGGUCACAGAUCUCAUAAUACACGAAUUUCCUUGAACUGGCGGGAGUUACGUACCUAACUGAUCCACUGAAACGCAAACUAUACAUACAGUGAAGACAUGCGGGUUAACCAAAUGUGGGAGGUUUAACACACGUGGCCUCCCCGUGCCUGCCGGGAGUUCCUGGGCUGGACAGCAUCACCUCCUUCCAUGUUGGUGACAUCGCACGUGUCAGUGUGUUCUUUUACCUUAGUAAACGCUUAAGUGGGAUAUUACAUAUGUCUCCAGCUCCAGGCUCUGUGGGGACAGCCAUACCCACGACUCGUGGCACACGGCCGGGGCUUGGCAAACACUGCAGGAACGAUGCAGUGGGCUCGCCUCACCUCUUCCUCUCGCUGACGUCGGCCAGAUAGUGUGGGAUUGCUCUUAGCAUCUUGACGACAGUGUCUGCUGCCUCAGAUUCAGCAAAAGAGACCAGCCGAAGACGGUACCUCUGCCUCAGCGAUAGACGGCUUCUGCCACAGGGUGCCUUUCUCCCUACGUGGGUGGCUGUCUGAGGGGCUGCCCUCGGGGAGGGAGCCUGCACCCUAGCAACCCGGGCCAACUGCACUGGUCGUAAAGGACUUUUUGCUUUAGGACCUCUCGGACUGUGCCGGCCAGAGUCGGGUUCCAGAACCUCUCUUUUAAUAAGUGCUGUGAUGAUACUACCCAUUCAUUUACCUUUUCUUUUAUUUUCUUGCCACGCCACGCGGCAUGCGGGAUCUCAGCUCCCCAACCAGGGAUCCAACCCGUGUGGAGUUGUAACCACUGUACUGCCAGGGAAGUGCGACCCGUUCAUUUAAAGGCAUCUUAGUAUCUUGUUAUUGAAGGAAACUUAAGUUUUAUCAGACGUGUUUCUUACAUCCCGGCGUGACGCCCUCCUGCUUGUCCUGGUCUGACGUGGGACCAGAACCUGGGGGACAAGGGGCCUGGGGACAGAGGUGGUAGCUCUCCUGACCCCUCUUUUCAAGUCAAGGUCCCUGGUUUGCAGGGCUUCCCCCCACUCUCAGCCUCAGCACGGCCGUGAACAUCCUCCCCGUGGAACGGGAUCGGUGGGAGGACGCUUAAGGUGCGUGAGCCUUCACGGGGCGCCCUCGCCGGCCCCUCGGGGCUCCGGGCUCUGCGCACACACGGAGCGGCCGGGAGGCUGGCUGUCGGGGAGCCUUCGCUGACGCUGGGCCGCGGGGACGCCCGUGAUCACGCACGCGGCGGCUCCACAUACUUUCCCCCUUCGCACGUGGCAGUUUUCUACCAUAAACACGCUUUAUAAUCAACGAGUCCUCCGGAAAACAGAGCCGUGCGUGUGACAGCCGAGUCGCAGCGUGGAGGCCGCCGAGCGCGAUCCCAUGUAAUUGAAAGUCCCGGAAAGGCAGAGCUACAGAGACCAAGUGGGUGGGUGGAGGCCCAGGGAGCAGAGGGGCCGCGGCUCGGGCGGGCUCUCCGCCUGGGCCGCGGGGAAGGUUGACACACGCCGAGUGACUGGACCGAAUGCAGUGAGCCCGACAGUGCGCGAAUUACACCUGGAAGCUCUAGAAACGUGUGCAUCUCCCCAGCGCGCCGUGCAGACCUCCCUCUGAAGCGGUGCUCUGAGCCGCAGGUGCCCCCACUGAAGAGCCAGCCCUGGGUGCACCACGUGGCUGCGGGCUGCGGGCCCAGACGGCUUCCUCAUUGGUGCCGACCGCCCGCCCGGGACAGAAGAGGGCGCCUGGCCGAUCGGGGAGGCUCCCGACGGCGACGCGGCAACCAGAACAGGGGCCGGCGGGGUGGGCUGAAGGCUGGGCACCCGGCAGCUGCCGGCAGAGAUGGAGAAGUUUCAGGCUGCGAUGCUGCUGGGGGCCGUGGGCGAUGCACUCGGGCACGGACACGCCUUCGGGGAGGACAGCGCCUCGGGCCCCAAGGUCCAGAAGGAGCCGGGAAAGGUGGGGGGACUGGACCACCUGGUGCUCUCUCCAGAGAGGUGGCCGGUGAGCGACAACACCAUCAUGCACAUGGCGACGGCAGGGGCCCUGGUCACAGACUUCUGGUGCCUGGACGACCUGUACCGUGAGAUGGUGCGACGCUACGUGGACGUGCUCGAGAAGCUCCCGGGGCAGCGGGUAGACCCGGCCACCGUCGAGGGCUGCUCGCAGCUGAAGCCCGACAACUAUCUCCUGGCCUGGCACACGCCCUUCAAUGAGAAAGGCUCCGGGUUUGGCGCUGCCACCAAGGCGAUGUGCGUGGGCAUGCGGUACUGGCAGCCGGGGCGGCUGGAGACGCUCCUCGAGGUCAGCGUGGAGUGCGGCCGGAUGACGCACAACCAUCCCACAGGCUUCCUUGGGUCCCUGUGCACGGCCCUGUUCGCGUCGUAUGCCGUUCAGGGCAAACGGCUGGAGCAGUGGGGACGAGACAUGCUGAGGACAGUCCCGCUGGCCGAGGAGUAUUGUAAAAGGACCAUCCGGCACCUGGCAGAAUACCAGGAGCACUGGUUUUACUUCGAAGCUAAAUGGCAGUUUUACUUGGAGGAGAGAAAAAUCAGUGAGGACACGGAGAACGAGGCCAGCUUUCCCGACCGCUACAGCGCGGAGGAGAGGGACAAGACCUACAGGAAAUGGAGCUCGGAAGGUCGAGGGGGCCGGCGGGGCCACGACGCCCCCAUGAUUGCCUACGAUGCCCUUUUAGGAGCCAAGGGCAGCUGGACGGAGCUCUGCCACCGGGCCAUGUUCCACGGAGGUGAGAGCGGGGCCACGGGGGCCAUCGCCGGCUGCCUGUUUGGGCUGCUGCACGGCCUGGACGCCGUCCCCGCGGGCCUGUACCGCGAGCUGGAGCUCAAGGAGCAGCUGCGGCGCCUGGGCGAGGAGCUCUACCGCCUGUCCACGGAGGAGAAGUAAAGCCCCUUCCCCGCCCCCAGCCCCUGGCGGCCCGCUGGUGCCUCUGGGGCCCCGGGGGGCCCCCCGCAGCUCGUGUGACAUCUUAACUUUCCUCCCGAUUUCAGAGGCCUAACUGCUGUAUAAAACACAUCGUUUGUCCUAUGAGAAUAGUCUUCCCGCCCUGGCCAAGCCUAGUGCCUCACUGACGUCCCUCUGGACGCAGCAGCCCCACCUCCAAACGCGAGGCCGCGGAGGGCCUCUGGGACACUCGGUGUAUUUUAUCCUGUCGCAAAACUAACGCAUCUGCUCACUGAUUCCAAUAGCACCCAUAGCACGAUGGCUCUGCUCGGACGGCCUCCUCUGUCUGCAGGGCGCCCAGCAUGGUCUCUUUCUAGCUCUUAGGCGUGCGGUCCGACACCUGCACACCUCGGCCCCCAGCCUCACGGGGCCGCACCUGGCGCUGCGUCUGCGUCCUCGCCGCCGCGUGCCCAGAGCAGCUGGAAGAGCGGCCGGCGCCUGCGCCUGCGGGGCCGCGCGCUGUGUUUAAGCUCCAGCCCACGUGUGUCAUCUCACUAGAUUUAACGCCAGCCUCUCUCAGAACGACUAACUGAUGCAGCCAGGAAACGGGGGCCUCGUGCGGCCCGCAUCCUCCCACGUGCCGCCCUGCCCCGGGCUCGCUGACGAGGACAGAGCUGGCCCUGUUCCCCGUGGCCGGGGCUUCUCCACACUUGCUCUUGUUAAAAGUAACCCUGGACA